UUAAAAAAACAAGCCCCGGUGAGGACAGAACUACACUGCAGUGACAUUCACUCAUUCACACUCACUGUCCGACACAGGCUGCAGGAACGUAAACAGACCUUUUCAAGGGGUCUGCUUAAUUUCUUUUAACAUACGAAGACAUGGAGGAGAAGGACAUGUCAUCUCUGGAGUACGUUGUACAGAGAGAGAUUUUCGAUGAGUUACAUCUGGAUAAAGUGGCACAAAAGGGGAAGUGGUCCACCAAGCCGACCCUGGGUGAAAAGGUGAAGGAGUCCCUAAGGUGUUCGGUGCCGAGGCUGAAGCAUGCGCUUCUGAGUUGGCUUCCUGUUCUCAGCUGGUUGCCUCAGUACUCCUUCAGAGAAAAUGCCGUCGGUGACCUGAUAUCUGGCUGCAGUGUGGGCAUCAUGCAUCUGCCUCAGGGUAUGGCUUAUGCUCUCCUGGCGUCGUUGCGACCAGUGUUUGGCCUUUACACCUCCCUCUACCCAGUGCUGGUCUACUUCUUCUUUGGUACAUCCAGACACAUCUCCCUAGGUACAUUUGCUGUAAUCAGCAUCAUGAUCGGGGGUGUGACGGAAAGGCUGGCACCAGACAGUGAUUAUUUUGUAAAUGGAACCAAUGGGACGGGGAACUUGAACAUUGACGCGAGGGACGCACAAAGAGUGCAGAUAGCAUGUUCCCUCACAGUCUUGGCAGGAAUAUUUCAGAUCCUGUUGGGGGUAGUGAGGUUUGGUUUUGUGGUCACGUACCUGUCUGAGCCACUCGUCCGUGCAUACACAACCGGAUCGGCAUGUCAUGUGUGUGUCUCUCAACUCAAGUACCUGUUUGGAGUUACACCAGCUCGCUUUGCUGGUCCUCUCUCUCUCAUUUAUACCCUGGUUGACCUUUGCAGUCUGCUGCCUCAGACUAAGGUGCCCGAGCUGGUGGUCAGUCUGGUGGCACUUGCUGUUCUUAUUGUGGUCAAAGAAAUCAAUGCUUGCUACAGACAGAAGCUGCCUAUGCCUAUCCCUAUAGAGCUCGUAGUGAUCAUUGGAGCCACAAUGAUCAUCCACUUUUGUGGACUCCAGGGUAAAUACGAUAUUGAUGUGGUUGGAGAGAUUCCCAGUGGGCUGAAACCCCCUCGUGCUCCAGACGCCUCUUUGUUUUCACAAGUUGUUGGUGAUGCUUUUGCCAUAGCCAUUGUGGCAUACGCCAUCAACAUUUCCCUGGGCAAGACAUUUGCCCUCAAACAUGGCUACAAGGUGGACAGCAACCAGGAGCUGGUUGCUCUGGGUCUGAGUAACACUGUCGGAGGGUGUUUCCAGUGUUACGCAGUGACUUCCUCUUUGUCUCGAAGUCUUGUCCAGGAGAGCACAGGGGGCAAAACACAAAUUGCGAGCUUGAUCUCCUCCGUCAUUGUCCUCGUCACAGUUGUAAAAAUAGGUUCCCUUUUUGAAGAUCUCCCGAAGGCGGUCUUAUCCACCAUAGUGUUUGUGAAUUUGAAAGGAAUGUUUAAGCAGUUUAUGGACGUACCCACGCUGUGGAAAACCAACAAGACUGACCUGUUGGUCUGGCUGGUAACGUUCGUCAGCACCGUCCUGCUCAACCUGGACCUGGGGCUCGCCGUCGCUGUUGGUUUUUCCAUGCUCACCAUCGUCUUCAGAACACAAUUACCCCGCUACUCCAUCCUAGGCAACCUACCAGGCACCGACCUGUAUGUGGACACCGACACCUACAGGGAGGCCAGAGAGAUCCCGGGAAUUAAAAUCUUCAGUUCAUCUGCAACAAUCUGUUACACAAACGCUGAAAUGUACUUGGAGGCUCUUAAGGAGAAGAGUGGAAUAGAGAUUGGGAAGCUGCAGAUGGAAAAGAAGAAACGGCACGCAAAGCAGAUGAAAAAACAAAAGCAAGAGAAAAAGAAAGCCAAAGAUGAGGAAAAGAAACAUGUGCAGAAAAAAGCAUCCAACGUAACAUCGUUGAAGGCUUCAGAGCAGGAUGAGGGGAACAUCUCUGCAGCAACAAAGGAGAAGAGUAUUAAGAAUGGCGUAGCUUCAAGCCCGACUGACACAACCACAAACGGCCUAAGCAAAGGCCAACUAAACUUGGCCUACUUAUCUGACUCAACUUUAUCAGAUUCAGGUUGCCACUUUAAUGAAAACAUCGGCCCAGUUUCACCUGCUGAUGAGAAGAAAGGAGAGGCUUGCGAGUUGGUUACACACAGUAUUAUCCUGGACAUUUCCACUACCAGUUUUGUCGACACGGCAACUGCGAAGACACUGACAAACAUUUUCAGGGACUUUGGAGAAGUUGAUCUUGACAUCUAUCUAGCUGGCUGCCAAGCCGUUGUGGUGGAGCAGCUGGAGAGAGCAGAGUUCUUCGAAGAUUCUUUCCCGAAGAGUAGACUGUUUGUCUCAGUUCAUGAUGCAGUUCUUCAUAUUCUCAAGAAACUGGGGCAGACAGACGUUAUGAUCGAUGUUACUUGCGAUACCAAAAUGUGACCAGCAGGGGUCACAUUAUUUAAAUUUCAGUAACGCUCCUCCCCCUCCUCCUCUUCUUGUCAACCAUCAGUAUCAGUGCUAGCUAUUGGAGGCCAUUGUCUCCUCCCCUUUCAUUGGGGGAGAAUGCACCACCUUGACAUUGCGAAUGGUUGCCAUGGAAACACUGGGAACCGUUGCUGUGACAACAGGCUUUUUAUGAUAUGGUCUAAUGAGGUGCCCAGCAAUACGUCACUGCAGCUCUCUUGCUCUGUGGUGGAUGGAUGGGGCGGGGGUUGAGUGGGAGAAUGUAACUGUGUGGACUAAUAGGAGUCUGUAUUUAUAGCAUGUAAGAGAGACUGAGUGAAAGGCUGAGUAAGGGGGUAACUUAAAUGUGAGAAGUGUUGCCCCGAAUGCAUCUGCGCGUCUAUACACUUGAGGAAAAAGGACAGUAAGUCAGUCAAAAAGAACUAUUUACUUCUAUUUUUCAUAAAUAUGGCUUUGCCUCUUGCCAAUGGAGGGUUCUUAAGUCCUUUAUUACCCCUCAUUUACCCCAAAGUCUUGCAAGAACAGUUGUUUUGCAGAUAAGGUGUCAUAGCCGCUGAGUUUUAGACCAGAACCUUUCACCAAAAUGUGGGUGAGUUUAGUCACCUUGCAUGUCUGAGUCCUCUGACCUCUUGAGCUUGUCUAUUUUUGGGAAUCACCGUCAUCUGCUAUUCUUACUAUCGAGAUUGAAAUAUUGCCUAGUACUAGGCUAAGUUUUUCAUGUUUUAUAUGAGAUAGCUUGCUAAAUUACAGCUCGUCAAUUUUUUUUUUUUUUUUACUUUUGAAAAAUGUUUGUCAGAAAAUCUGAAGAAAAAGCACUGGAAGUUCAGACGGUCUCAAAAAUACAUUGUCUGCUCCUGCAGACUUUCAAAAAUCAUCCAUCGUAAUCAAACAGUAGCUUGUGAAUGUAGAAAUGAUCGUCAGGUGACCCUUUUUGAAUUAAUUGCAGUCCAAAGCCGAACAGUUAAAAUCUCCAACUUGCAGAAUCCGGUGAUGAAUCACAGCUCUGUUAAUCGAUAGAGCUCACUGCACUAAUGUUGUUUCUGUAUGUUCUCACUGUAUGUGUGUUACCAUUUUUAUAAAAUGAGACCAUGUAAAUAAAAACUCACAAAACAGGUUGCAUCCAUCCUCAUAUGAUCAUUUAUUGCUUCUCUCUUUCCCAUCCUCACAUCCCAGUCUCCUGCCUGUUACAGUUUAGUCAAAUGUUUCUCUCCUUCGCCUCAUGUGGAAAUAAUGAUCAUCAUCCCCUCCAAAUAUUAACACUAAUUCACAGAUGUACAAUACACAGGGUACUUAAGUUAGUUAAUAAUACACAGCUGGAAGUGGUGAUGCAUUGUCUCCUUGUUAUUAGAUUUUUGUUGUCGUU